GAUUGGCCAAUAUUUCAUCAAGGCAAAGCCAAGAUCACCGGCCCACGACCAUUGAUCGUCAUUGCCGUUGGUGAUGCAGGUUGGAGCAGUGUUGGAGUUUCGCGUUGCAUUUAGCGGCUCAGUAUUGGCGAAAUCGCCAAUCGGUGCAGUGAAUCUGUCAGAUCGAAGUCAGCGAGUCAAUAAAACCAAGUUAGUAAGUCAAUGAGACCUAGACCAGAUAGUAUUAAAUGACUCAUUGAACCAUUGGGAGAAAUCCAGAAGAUUCCCCGAAAACGAGGUCCCUCUGAAAGAAAUCAGCAAGUGCCAAAGAACGGAGCCAGUGUAGCAGGACCGCGAGCAGAGCUGCUCGGAAUCACUCGUAGUAUUCGGACUCGGCCGGUCUUACAGCCCGGUGCGACAGAAGCCGUCGGCCCGAUGUCGGCGGGGUUCGGCAGGCCGCCGGCCGCGCCGCCCGGCCUGGAGCCGCUGGUGCCGCUGGACCGUCUACUAGUGAAGCAGCAGCUGGAGCUCUGGGAGGCCGUCACCGGCUGGGAGACCAACAACCGCUACACGGUGCACACUGCCGAGGGCGUUGCGCCGCUGUUCCGCGCCGCCGAGCGGAGCAGCUGCUGGCUGCGCAUGUGCUGCGGCCCGCUGCGCGCGCUGCAGCUGCUGGUGCUGGACGAACAGCGGCGCGAGGUGCUGCACCUGCGGCGGCCGCUGCGCUGCACCGGCUGCUGCAGUCCGUGCUGCAUGCAGCGUCUGGAGGUGAGCGCCGCAGACGGCCGGCCGCUGGGCGCCGUCACAGAGCAGCGCGCCUGUCUGCGGCCGCACCUCACCCUCCACCGGCCGGGCGGCGAGCUGGCGCUGACCGUGCGCGGCCCCCGCUGCCCCCUGGCUCUCUGCCGGGACGUGAGGUUCACAGUGGAGUCGGCCGACGGCUCCCAGCAGGUGGGCACCAUCACCAAACAGUGGGGCGGCCUGGCGCGCGAGCUGCUCACCGACGCCGACACGCUGGAGCUCACCUUCCCCGUCGGACUCGACGCCGAGCUGAAGGCGCUCCUGCUCGGCGCGCUGUUCCUCGUCGACUACAUGUACUUCGAAAGCAACAAGUGAUUGAAUCACAUGAAUGUGAACUGGUGAAGGAUGGAUGCUGUUUCUCAGUUUCCAUUUAAGUCUCCGUGUGGGAAAGAGGAGUGCUGAUGGAUGGUACUGGUGCCAGAAAGAGCUCCGAGUGUACCUACAUGCCUCCGUAAUCUCAGUACUUAAACAUGUGUCAAACGCGCGGAAUCCGUAUUCCAACCGGGUAUCCGCCCGGUUUCGCAGUGCCGCAGUCCUACGGACUACUUGGCCCGAGUACGUAGCUGAUAACGGGUGACGUUUGAAAUAUUACCUCGUGUGGUUUCUC